CCCGAAAGAUGACGUGAGGGGAUUUCCACGCGGCUCUUACAUAUCGUUCACAGGGAAAGAGGGCAGUUUCGUGCACCGAGCACCUAAAAUGGUCAUUUCAAGUGCAUGCACAUGAACAUAGAACCGUUACUUCGUUACAACUGCAUGUAGUUUGGCCACGUUUUCGGAUUUAAGACAAUUUAAGAUAAUUUACUAACUGAGGGCCGGGACGUCGAGAGCGGCGGCGCCUCCUCACUCGGUUGGUUUGGUUUCCCCGCAACAAAACUGCUGAACGACAAAUGUGUGUUGAAACGCACGGCGAAGGGAGAUGUAGGUGGAUGGUGAAGAAACCGGGGACACGUCUCUUUUUCGGCACAUAUCAGACUGUAUUGUCAUUAGGAGUUUACCGAAGCAGAGAGAGAGAGCAAGAAUCAUGAAAGAGGCGACGUACAUCGACAACUUGGCAGAGUAACCGUCUAGUCUUUCUCUCUCCGCGUUGAUCCGCCAUCUCGAGAUUCCACAAGCAAGGAAAACUACGUGAAGAAAUUAUCAUUAAAUAAAGUCCAAGACCAUAUCGAGAGGGGACUGACGAAGUGUUUAUGGACAAUGCGCGAUAUGACCACCACCAGGAGCGACACGUCGGAGACCUACCCAGGAGUAGAAUUGGAGAUUAUUGAAGAGUUUUUGAAAGAGAUGAGCGAUACGAGGGUCCAGACACCUGCUCCAGUGUCUCUGCCAGGGCCUCCGCCUCCUCCCCAGAACUCAGACAUCCCCCAUCUCAGUGCCAUGGCAACAGCAAGGGAAGUCCAAGCAGUGCUCGUGUCCAGAGGCGCAUGCCCUCAGCCGUCCAGUCCAUUCUCUCAGUUGAAGUCCUGCACCUCACCCAUGGCCUCACCCAUGUCCAGCCAAGGCGGCUCAUCCAGGAGCGGGCGCUCGAGGGGGGUGGUGGCAGGCCGGUCAGGACCCAUCCUGCGUCAGCACAGGGAAAUUGAACCCCUUGAGAUGUUCCUCGAUGCACCCAAAUGCGUGAUUGUGGAGCAGCCCAAGGAGCGCGGCAUGAGAUUCCGUUACGAGUGCGAGGGCCGCUCAGCUGGGAGCAUCCUGGGGGCCUCCAGCACAGAGGCCAACAAGACCCUUCCUACGGUGGAGAUCCAGGGCAAUUUAAAGCACAUAAAGAAGGUGAAGAUCACUGUGUCCCUGGUGACUAAAGACAUCCCACACCGACCACACCCCCACAGCCUUGUGGGUAAAGACUGUGCUGAUGGUAUCUGCGUUAUAUUCCUCAACCCCCGGACGCACCAGAGGCACAGCUUCACCAACCUUGGGAUUCAGUGUGUAAGGCGAAAAGAGCUGGAUUCUGCCUUGGAGAAGAGAAGGAAGCAGAAGAUAGAUCCUUUUAACACUGACCACUCGAAGAGUAUCGAGGACAUCGACAUGAAUGUGGUGCGGCUGUGCUUCCAGUGUCAGCUGGAGAGGGAGGAUGGCGAGAAGAUCUUCCUGAAUCCGGUGGUGUCCAACCCCAUCUUUGACAAGAAGGCAACCACCACAUCAGAGCUGAAGAUCAACCGCCUAAACCUGGAUCAUGGGCCCUGCACUGGCAAGACGGAGAUCUACCUCCUGUGUGACAAGGUGCAGAAAGAUGACAUUGAGAUCAUCUUUAGCCGGGGCAGCUGGGAGGCAAAGGCGGAGUUUGCGCAGACCGACGUGCAUCGCCAGAUCGCCAUCGUUUUCAAGUCUCCCCCCUACCAGGAGCAGGACAUCACGGAGAAAGUUGAAGUCAAUGUUUUCCUGCGCCGCAUCUCUGACCACAUGGACAGCGAACCUGUCAAGUUCACUUACGUCCCACACAACCCAGAUCCAUAUGAAGUGAACCGCAAACGAAAGAUCAAAACUGACUUGCAGUUUAAAGAGAGGUGCAGUGUGACAGCCGUUCAACACCCUGUUGAAGGGCCCACAUCUCACCAGUUCGACCCGUUCUCCUACGCCCCACCGGAGCCCGCUUACUCAAUGCCAGACCCCCUACAGGAGGGGCUUCUGUCUCGGCCAUCCCAGCCUCUGGAGGAAAUCCAUUACUCUAACUCCGUGGACUUUAAGCAGGAGGAUAAUAUUUUCUCCAGCUUUGAAAUUAACUCUGAGGAUUUACAGCUGCUCUGUAGAACACUUACGCAGAGUAUCGAUGACUCUGCAUUUUCCACCUUAUCUAUGACUGCUUGUCUAGACCCUCAGGUGCCACAGGACUACACUUUCUCUCAGACUGACCUGGACCACACAACCAACCUCAGCUUGACAAACAUGGACCAGAACUUCAACAUAUCCCUGGACAACCGUCUGGAUCUGGAGUUCUACAACGACGUGCAGUUCAAUCAGCACUUCAAUCAGCUGAGCAAUGGGAACCACGUGCCACCGCUGGAGGCCCUACCGCAGGACCCCACUGGCCCUACCUCCCAGGGUUUGUCCCUGGUGAAGACUGAAAGCCAUGUAGACCCAUGAAGACUGACAAGAGGAUGCUGUUAAGGUGUGACUCAAGAUGGUCAUUGAAGAUUAUCAUGUUUAGAGACCUAACCGUUGUCAUUCCACUUACAUUUAAUGCAAUUUGGAAAACCUGCAAGGGUUGGCGAGUGAUCGGUAGCUCUUGAAGUCCACUACACUAUGUACUGUUGGCCCUCUCCGAUCACAGAGGGCAAAGUUGAAGUGAGACUGUCCAAGGCUUUGGGACUUUUUUGCCCUUUUUGUAUAAUGUAAUGCUUAUCAGGUUCAGUUCUGCACUGCCUUCACAUGUUUUCACUGUAGAAACCACAGUUGGAAUGUAGAUGGUGGUGUGUUAUGGCAAUCCUGCGGGACCAGGUGUUAGUAAGUGUCACCAUAAAAUUGACUUGAGGAUAGUGACAAUCAUGCUGAGCUGCAGUCACCUUGUUGCCAAAGAUGGUCGAUCACUGUCGGCAGGGGGACCCUUGCUGGGAGCAGACUUGAACCGAAGAUCAAAAAGCCAUCAAAAUCUGUCAUUCUCCUCACCCGUUACUCUACAAAAAGGAUCCUUUUUUUUACCCUCCGAAUUCUAAAGAUGAAAAAAAGUUCUCUUUCAUGGGAUUUGUACAUGAGAAGGAAUUUAAAAUAUUGUACCUACUGACUGAACGGUGAUGUGAAAUUCCAAAACCUUUUCAUUGGGAGUCCUGUUUAAAAGUGCUGUUUUGUUUUCUGGCAUAUUUCAACUCUUCACUCUUUCACUAUCCAUUUUUAUUAGAAAUUGUAGCGAAACAAGAUAUUAGGUUAACUGAAGCUGAUUGAACAGGAUUAAGUAUUUAAUUCUUGAGUCAUUGUGAUUACAGUUGGCUUCAUUAUUAGCUUGGAAUAUUUUACAGAUGUCAUACAGUAGUUAAAGAAAGCAUAUGUAAUAACAUUACAUGCGGUUGUCAGUUCCCACAAAUGGCUUGAUCUUGUAUUUCACAGUGCAAAGAAUAUGAGCCAUGUUGUCAGAGAAGCUACAGCAACUAGGCACUGUAGUUCAUCCACUGUAUGUAAAACUCUUUGUAAAUGUUGUUAAUAUGUGAUGUUUUAGUGUGUUUGCAUUAUAUGAUUUAUGACUUGGCUGUUCUGUCAUACUUAGCUUCCUUGUCACUGUUGAUAGUUUCUU